AUGAAUUUAUUUUUUAUUUUAAUAAUUUUAUUUUUUAAUAAAAAAUUAAUAAAUUGUUUAAGUUGUUAUGCUUGUCACUUUGCCUACACAAAUUCUUUAGAAGCAUUCAGAAUUUCAGAAGAUGGUUGGUGUGUGAAUGAUACUUUACUUGUAAUUGGAAAGGAUGAAGUUAUUAGACCAACAACAAUAAUAACAAUACAAAAAUCGUUUACUUCAAUUAAUCGUCAAUGUGCUGAAGAAUGUUCGAGAAAUUGUGAAUCAACUGGUUAUGGACAAGACCAAGUAAGUUGCACAGAUUGUUGUGAAGAAAAUAAUUGUAAUAGUAAUUUUACUCUUGAAUAUUAUUAUUCUGUUAUGGGAAGGCAAUUCACAUCUUGGACACGUCCUGUAAAGAAUGAAGCUAAAUUUAAUGAGAAAAAUGGAUUAAAAUUUUUAUAUUGA